AUGAGUUCUUUGGCUGCUUUAGAGGACCCUGAAACGGUGUUGCCUUUUAAGAAAUUUCCCGCCGUUUUCCUGGUGUGCACACAUGCUGAUCAGCCCUAUUGCGCACGUGAUCCGGUUGAACUGGCCAAAGAAAUAUUUGGCGAUCUAAGGACCAAGCCAUAUGGUGCCCACUUAUUUGAUGUGUUUUGUGUUGAUAACACUAAGUCAGGCACAAAACCAGAAUGUGAAGAAAUCGUGCGCUUGCGAGAUGGCGUACGUGUCGUUUCUAAAGAGUUACCACACUUAACUGAGGCUAUUCCGAUUAAGUGGUUGAAAUACGAAAAGGCCCUUCGCGCCCUUAAGGAAAGUGAUUACAAGUUUAUCUCUCUUGUGACAGCGAAAGAGAUUGCUUCCAAAGACUGCAACAUUAACGACAACGAGAUACAAACAGUGCUAAACUUUUUGCACGAUCUGCGAGUUCUGAUUCACUUUGAUGACAGUCCAGAAUUAAGUGAGUUAGUUUUCUUGGAUAUUCAGUGGUUGAUUGAUGUGUUCAAGAAUGUAAUAACUGUCAGAACCUUUCACGAAGAGAAAAACUUUGCCCAUCUUUGGGAAAGACUCGAGAGAGAAGGAAUCUUGGAGGAAAAACUUCUCAAACAUGUUUGGAAUUCUUUGAUUCCUCAGAGGGAAGCCCACGAAAGUCUAAUUGCAAUUAUGGAAAAAUUCAGCUUGUUGUGUCCUUGGCCAUCAUCACAAGAUUUUCCCGACAAGCAGUACAUAGUGCCCUCUAUGUUGCGAACGCGUCCACCAGAGGAGAUAAGUAAUCUCGUUGAAUCUGCAAAAAUUCCAUCACUUUUUAUCAAAUUUGACACAGGUCGGGUCCCUCCAGGCUUGUUUCCACGAUUUGUACUAGAAUUUCUUCUGUGGUGUGGCAGAGAAUUUCCCCGCUUUGCUCUGCCACAACUUUUUCAUAAUUUUGCCAGAUUUAACAACUUUCCGAAUCAAGGUCUCUCUUUGGUUCUCCUCUGCCAUUCUUCCACAAUCGAGGUGGUUGUCGUCAGUGCUAAUGGAGGUAUUGAUAUGGUGAAUAUGGCCUCAAUUCAAGCAUUCCGCAGCCAGCUAACUUCGAUUAUUAAUCAAGUUUGGGACAAGUUCUUCUGGGUGAAGAACGUUGGAUGUGAUGUGUGCUACUUAUGUCAUGUUUGUUCCCGUGGACGCACGAUCAGUCUCUGUCAACUUCAUUACGAAGAAGGUUGUAAGCAAGAAGAAUGCCUUCACUUCAUUUCAGAGUUAGAUUUGGGCGAUGAAACGCAGGCCAUUUGCACCAGGUCUGUAGCCGCUGUGGAUAACCGAAUUCAGGUCGAGAAAUUCUAUCCAUGGAUUUCCUGUGCGGAAAAAAAGGUUAAAAAAUGAUACUAUUCCGGCUUUUACAUUAGUGUUUAUAACCAUACUUAUCAUAAUUGCUUUAAUUUUAUUCAUCUCUCAACAACUCACCGUUAAGAAAGAAGAAUAGUUAAUAGUGCAUAGUUAUGCUAAAGAUAAGACAGCCUUAACAUUUUGGAAACACUAACGGGUGCACCUAAGGUUACUUGUAGACAGUUUCAGCCUUCUUGUUUUUCUAAAUUUAGCACUUCUCUAGUAUUGCAGCCUUUCAUACUGUUAUAUAACAGUACUCAAGCUCAAAAAAAGCCAUGAACCUUGCAGAAAAGGAAGCUCCAAAUAAAUAUUCAAGCUUCGACGGGAUUCGAGCCCGUGCACUGGUGGAAGCCAGAUAUUUUUUUCAGGCUUCUUAUCUGCAGUUGCUAAUAUUGCAGAUCAAAUGUUAUUUACUGCAUCACAAAUUGUAUUCAUACUCAAGACUUAGUGACAUUGCACGAAUGUUUGUUUUGUUCUAUGAUGCACUCACUAUUUUGCACCAAUAUUUUUCCAUCUGAAUGUAGUGUGAGUGUAGCAGUUGUAUUUAUUGCAGCAUUUAAAUCUUUUGUAAGUUUUUCCAUCUGCCUGUCGCGAGUUGUGGGUCUUCCGUACCACACAAUUGAUCAAGAUAUGGUAUGCGGGAUUUUGUGUUUUCAAAUAUAAGUAAGAGAAUUUCUGAAAAGACAGAAUUAUUUUUGAAUUUUUUUACUUUUGUGCUUUUCCUUGGUAAAGUAUUAAUCAACAUAAAUUUUUUACGAUCACACCCAAAGUUUUUUUUAAAUUUUAUUAUUAUAACUUUAUUUGACCCUUUUUUCCUUCAGGGUUUGUCCUCUUCAAAUGUAGCUGCUAGAUCACAUGUUGAAGCAUGUCAAAUCAAUCGAAUGACGUCUGCCACAGCAUUGAAGGUGACUCUCCUGGGCAGUGAGUGGAGUUCGUCAAUGGGGGGCUUGUCCACCAUCAAUAGACAGCUUGCCAUUCACUUGGCCAAACACUCUGAGGUAGACGUUACUCUCCUUGUCCCACAGUUUGCCUGUUUUGAAGACGAGAGGAGAAAGGCAUCAAGUCACAAUGUUUCCAUCCAGGAAGCUAAGAAACUGGUUGGCUUUAGUGAUCCUCUUGAUUGGUUGAGUUUCCCACCAGGAGACCUUGUCAUUGACUUUGUGCUGGGUCAUGGUGCAAAGCUUGGUAGGCAAGCCCAAGUUAUCAGAAAUUCUCACAAUUGUAAGUGGAUUCAGGUGGUGCACACUGCACCCGAAGAGCUUGCAAUGCACAAAAACUAUCCUAAGGCUAUUUGCAAAGGUGAAGAGAAGAAUUUAACUGAAGUGGAGUUGUGUAAGUUGGCAGAUGCUGUGCUAGCUGUUGGACCAAAGCUAACAGACGCUUUCUCUGCUCAGCUCCGCUCAUGCAAGAGCCAGGAAGACAUCCUUCAACUGACUCCUGGAACUUUCCGCGAGUUCUAUGACGUAAAACAGGCCGAAAAGGAGAGUAACAAGUUCAAGGUACUGACGUUCGGCCGUGGUGAUCCAGAGGACUUUAGUCUUAAAGGCUACGAUAUCUCUGCCAGAGCAGUAUUUGAGCUAAAAGACAGGUCUUACAGUCUCAUAUUCGUGGGUGCACCUGACGGUAAACAGGAUGAGGUUGCAGCAAAUUUGCUGAAGAGUGGAAUUGAUAAAAGCCAGCUGAUCGUGAGAAAGUUCGUUCAAAGCAAAGAGAAAUUGAAAGAAUUAUUUUGUGAAGUUGAUCUCUGCAUCAUGCCCUCCAGAACAGAGGGUUUUGGUUUGACGGCGUUAGAAGCGUUAUCUGCUGGUCUUCCUAUUCUUGUCAGUGGCAACUCAGGAUUUGGUGAAGCACUGUGCACCGUACCAUCAGGCAAAUCAUUUGUGGUGGAGUCUGAGGAUCCUGGGGAGUGGGCAAAGGCAAUUGCUGGCAUCCAACAGAGGGAGAGAUCGGUUCGACUUCAAGAUAUUCAGCAACUGAGGAGCUCCUAUGAGGAGAAGUUUAGUUGGGAGAAACAGUGUGACAUUCUCUUGGAGAAGAUGAGGGACAUAGUUCAUGGUGAGAAUGUUUUUUGA